CUGCGCAUGCGCGGGGUGUCGGGGCCGAACCGAGCCGGGCCGGGCCGGGCCGGGCCGAGCCGACGCUGCAGUGCCUCCGUCCCCGCGGAUGCACAACCCCGUUUCCCACGUGCAUUCAGUUCCAAGGACUGGCAAGGCAUUUGCUUUUGAAGUAACACCACGUGAAUGUGCUAAGGUGGAAGUGAAUCUCUGCUUGCCUUGACAGCCAGGACAGCUCAAUCCAGGAUCUUGAGAGAAAAAAAAAAGAAACAAGAAUCGUUCUUUUGGCUUCAGACUUUGAGCAUCAGAGGGGAGCGCUCAGGGAAGCAGCCUGUCCUUCUGGCCAAGCUACCUGGGCCCGCAUCACUUCUCCAGCCUCAGCAAAGACACUGGAUUUGCCAAGCCUCAACUUGUCACUGCCACCUGAGCCCUGGAAGAGCUCAGAGCAGAUCCUCAGGGUCCCUGGUUCUGCCUGGAUCGGUGCUGAGGAGGAGCAGCAGCACGAGCAGCAGCUGAGCCUGGCAGGGCUGCCUGCAGCUUGGGACAGCCCUCAUGGUCCCCAGGAGCGGCCUCCAGCCUGCAGCUGGCACCUCCUACAGCUACAAACUGCAGUGCCUCUGGAGCCAGGUGAGGCACAUCGCCAGGGAGAGGGACAAGGCGAGGCUCAGUUUGGAGAGGGCAGAGAGACACUGCCUGCAGCUGGGCAGGGAGCUGGAUCAGCAGUACAUGGCUCUUGAGCACACCCAGAGCAAGCUCAGGAAUUUUCAAGCAGAAAUAGAGGCAAAAGAGCUGCUUCUGCAGCAAGCAGUGAGUCACCAGGCAAAGCUGGAGGCUGCUACACAGCUCCUCCAGGGCAAAGAGGCCAACCUGCAAGGGAGACUGAACCAUGUGAUGAGUGAGAACACACAGCUACAAAACAAGGUCACAGAGAUGGCUGAGAAACUGUCAGCCUCUGAGGAAAUGGUGUUGGAGCUGCAAAAAGAACUCAACCACAUUGUGAAGGAUAAGCUGGGGCAGGGGGAGCCCCAGAGCCCCGAGUUCCUGAAGCAGAACGAGCGCUUUGCCGAGAUUGUCCUGGAGUACGAGCGGCAGUGCCAGGUGCUGCACGAGCAGAACGCAGCGCUGCGCAGGGAGCUGCAGGGGCUGCGCCUCCAGCUGCAGGAGAGCAGGGCUCAGGCAGGGCUGCCAGCAGCAGAAAUGUCACUCCCAGUGGAGCAGCUCCAAGAGCAGCUGCAGGACCUGAAGGUGCAGCUGGACACCAAGAGUGAUGAGGGCAAGGAGGGGCUCUCUCACCAGGAUGUCAAGAGGCCUCAGCUGGGCUGUGAGGCCCCUGAGCACAAGGCUGGUGACAGUGCUGGCCCUGGCACUGCCCAGCUGCACAGCCAGAGCCCUCUGGAGGCUGAGUGGCUGCGAGGGGCAGAGAUUGCUGCCAGGCUGGAGCACCACCAGAGGCAUGCAGCGUGCUGGAUGGAGAUGGAGCUACUCCAACAGCAGCUCCAGGCCUCACAGGAAAAGCUUUUGGAAGCCAAAGCCAACCUGAGCCUGGCCCAGGCCCAGCACACUCUGCAGUUGCAGCAGGCCAAGGCCCAGAUGAACAACAUGGUGCCAAAGAAGCAGUUUGAGCAGCUGCAAAACACCCUGAGAGAGGAACAGUGCAAGACUCAGCAGCUCCAGGAAAGCCUCCAGCUGCAGGCUGAGCAGACAUGCAGGCAGCUGGUCAGGAUCCAGCAGGAACACGAGCAGCUGCUGCAGGCAGCUGUGGAGCAGGCAGAGGGGCUGGAGCAGAGUCUGAGGAGUGCUGAAGCUGUGCUGGCAGAGAGGGCAGCUCAGCUCAGAGAUGCCCAGGCCCAACUCUCCAGGAACAAACUGUUGAUUGAAGAGCUCCGUGGAGAGAACAGGAGGUUUGCAAUGGCCCUGCAGGCUGCUGAGCUGAAGCAGAAGAGCAUGGAGGAGAAGAACCAGCUGUUGGAGGAACAAGCCUCAGCUCUGAAGCAGCUUAUUGCAAAAAUCACACCAGCAUCUCUGAGUGGGUGAUGGAACAUCUGCAGUGGCAGCCCCUGCUCCUGGCUGGGGCUGGUCAGGUGCAGAACGGGAGAUAUGGCUGGGUUGGGAAAUCAGCCAUGUCCUCUCUGGUCUUGCCAGGAUUUUCCUGUGUAGAAAAUAGCAGAUGGGGAGCCUAGAGUCCUUUGAGGAAACUGGUCUUGUGGAUAGCUGAAUUUUCCAGCUGAAAGCAGCAGCCUUGGUGCCUUUCCCAGUGGCAGUGUGCUGUUAUGUCACGUCUGUCUCAGGGCAGCCAGCUCACAGGAUUUUCUUUGGCAGUUUAGUGGUGGUGCAGGUGCUCCCUCUCUGCAGAAGGCUGAUGUUGGAGCCACAGUUACAUCUCAAAAGCCAGGGCAGAAAGGCUUGCAAGGACCCUGUGCUUGGUCACUCCAAGCAGGAAAGCUGAGU